CACAGGAAGGAGAUCAGCGCGUGAAGAAAGAAUGCUUCGCCCAAUUUGGAUAUUUGUGGUCAUUUCAUUGGGCUUAUCUAACUGCUGGCGAUCCGAGUACAAGCCAAGGAUCUACGGCGAUCGCGUCUCCCCCAAACUCAUUGCGCCACAUUUGAGGAGAGUUCAGCAACGCAUCGUCAUGCUGCACGACUAUUUUCGCACUAAAGUCAUUCCACCCGCCUCCAAUAUGCUGAUUAUGAAGUGGCAUCAUGGAGCUGCAAGGGCAGCGCAGAAGUGGGCAGAUCAGUGCCGAUUGUUGACCCACGACACACCCAAAGGGCGCUGGAUAGACAACUUCGGAGCGUGCGGUCAGAACAUCUUCGUGUCAACGCAAAAGGUGCCGUGGCUUUUUGCGUUGCGGAUGUGGUUCACGGAGAGACAGAACUUCACCUAUGGCUCCCCGAAGAAUGACCUACACGUGAUCGGCCACUACACGCAGAUGGUCUGGGCGGCCACGCACAAGGUCGGAUGCGGUCUGACCAAGUGCACUAGAGGAUUCCGAGGGAAAACCUACUACAACUACGUCUGCAACUACUGUCCCAUAGGAAAUCACGAAGAAAAACUUGGCUUUCCUUACAAGAUCGGACGACCGUGUCAAUCUUGCCCGCAUCAUUGCCACUCCAAGCGAGUCAGAUUAUGCAAGAACGGUUGUCAUGCCGCGGAUCUUUGGGCAAAUUGUCAUGAAUUGAACAAGUGGCCGGGAUGGCUAUGCAACACAGCCACUCAGGAGGGCAAGGAACGCCAAAGGAAUUGCCUGGCGACUUGCACUUGUCGCCACAAGAUCCACGAUUAGCCUUGAGUUCACGAUUUCUUGUGGUGAAAGUGUGCUCAAAAUCUUUA